AUGGAGGUGGAGGAGAAAGAAGAAGAAGAAUAUUUAGUCGAAAGUAUUGUCACCCAUCUUGAAUAUGUUGAUGCUUUUGAACUUCGUGGAUACAUAGUAUUCAAUCCGCAAACGGGGAAUGGUACAACGCAUUCGAAGUACGUCUAUCUGGUGAAAUGGUUCGGAUAUCCUGAUUCUGACAAUACUUGGGAGCCAGAGGAAAAUCUUGUAGACUGUACGGAAGUAUUGACGAUAUACAAGCAGAAACAUGGACUUCCUCUAUAUCACGAAACUUUCAACCGCCAGUUCAACUGGAGAGAACCCACAACUUCCUUAACAUUAGAAGAAGUGAAUCGGCUAGCUUUCAAGAAUCGUGACCCCAUCACUUCGGCUUCGCAGUUAGUAAGGGAUCCUCCCACGAAACAAAAACGGAAGGCAAAGGUAUUUGAAGUGUCAUCUUUCAACUUUUGUUCACGCUCCAAA